GUCAUGUGCUAGUGCGCCCCGGCGCAGUCCUAACGGUACGUAGGUCUCUCCACGGUGGUUUAGUGAAGUUAAGAACACCGCCAUGGUGACAGGCCGGGUCAAGGCGGCCAUGGGCUUCCAGCGCAGCCCCAAGUCGCAGGUGCCGGAGGCGGCGUCUCCUUCUCGGGCGCCUACGUCGGGGUCCGUGUCCACCGCCGGGUCGGCGCCGUCCAAGGCGUCGGCGCUCGCGCGGUCCUUCGGCGCGUACUUCCCGCGCUCUUCGGCGCAGGUGCGCCCCGCCGCCCGCGCGCCGCCGCAGGUCGCCGAGCUGCUGCGCGCCAUCGAGCAGCUCCAGGAGCGGGAGUCGCGCCUCCGCGUGGAGCUGCUGGAGCAGAAGAUACUCAAGGAGACCGUCGCCAUCGUCCCGUUCCUGGAGGCCGAGCUCGCGGCCAAGAAGGCCGAGCUCCAGAGGUGCAGGGACACCGCGGAGCGGCUGGAGGCCGAGAACGGGCGGCUGUGCGCCGAGCUCGACGCCGCCGCGCUCGAGGUCACGAGCAGGAAGCAGAGGAUCGUCGAGCUGGAGAAGGAGAUGGCGGAGCUGAGGACGCGGCAGGACGCGGCAGCGGACGCCGACGACUGCUCCUCGUCCGCUUCGGCGCCGAGCGAGCGUCUCGAGAGCUCCAGCGCUGCGCCAAAGCCAAACCGCGCGAGUUUAGCUCAGCUUGAUCCUCCAGCGCCGCCAGCGCCAGGGCCAGCGCCUUUGAAGUCCAAGUCCUACUUCUCCGCGAGCUCGUCGCACCCUUCGCCCGCAAGCUCGUCGCCGCCGCCCUCGCCGUCUUCCUCCACGUCGACCUCGUCUUCGCCAGCGCACUCCCGCUCGUCGUCGGACACGGCAGCCGCUCCAAGGCCCCGCGUGGUAGAGCUCUCAAAGCUCCCGCCCAUACCUCCGCCGCCGCCGCCUUGCCCUCCUCCGCCACCUCCCAGCAGGAGCAAGAGAUCCUCUCCCCCGAACUCAGCCAGCGUGGACGGAAGCGCAGCCGCCGCUCCGCCUCCCCCGCCGCCGCCGCCGCCGCCGCCUCCCCCUCCGGCAAGGAGGCAGUUCGGCGCCGCGCCAGCACCGCCUGCAGGGGCAUCGUCGGGGCAGGGCGACGUGAGGCGCGUGCCCGAGGUGGUGGAGUUCUACCACUCGUUAAUGCGGCGGGAGUCCAAGAGGGACGGCAGCGGCACAGCAAGUGAGGCCGCGAACGGAGGCGGCGGCGGCGCGGCGGCGACGCGCGACAUGAUCGGAGAGAUCGAGAACCGGUCUGCGCAUCUCCUCGCGAUCAAGUCGGACGUGGAGAGGCAGGGCGACUUCAUCCGGUUCCUGAUCAAGGAGGUGGAGGGCGCGGCGUUCGUGGACAUCGAGGACGUCGUGAGCUUCGUCAAGUGGCUGGACGACGAGCUCUCGCGCCUGGUGGACGAGCGCGCGGUGCUGAAGCACUUCGAGUGGCCGGAGAACAAGGCGGACGCGCUCCGCGAGGCGGCGUUCGGCUACUGCGACCUCAAGAAGCUGGAGCGGGAGGCGGCCUCCUUCCGCGACGACGCGCGCCAGCCCUGCGCCGCGGCGCUCAAGAAGAUGCAGGCGCUCUUCGAGAAGCUGGAGCACGGCGUGUAUAACCUCGCCCGCGUCCGGGACGCCGCCACCGGCCGCUACACCCGGUUCCAGAUCCCGUGGGAGUGGAUGAAGCAGGACACCGGCAUCGUCAGCCAGAUCAAACUCCAGUCGGUGAAGCUGGCAAUGAAGCACCUGAAACGGGUUUCCUCCGAGCUCGAGGUGAUCAAGGGAGGCCCUGAAGAGGAGGAGCAGGAGCUGAUGCUCCAAGGAGUACGGUUCGCCUUCAGGGUACACCAGUUCGCAGGUGGGUUCGACGUGGACACCAUGCGAGCCUUCCAGGAGCUCAAGGAGAAGGCGUCCAUGUGCCGGGUACAGCGGCAGAAGCAGCACCGUCACCUGCGCCAGCACAGGCUCGUUGCCAGGGCCUGAGAGGAGGAGACUGAGGAGUGUGUGAGGACCAGAGCAUGCAGUUCUUAUUUUUUAUAUGGUCGGAUUAUCUAUACGCCAUCAUCUCGUCGUCGCCGCCACAGUGCCAUAGUAUGAUUUGUUCAUUGUUUUUUUUUUUGCGAGAAAUAGUUGAUCGUGUAUUCUGCUGUAAACGCUCCAGUACUGUAACUAAUGAACAGCCUUUGUACCUUUUUUUAGGAGAAAUAUGUGUUUAUUCUCUUUCGUU